UAAAUUAGGACACUCCACUUUUUAGGAGGUCACAGGGGAUUUUAUCCACUUUGCUCGCCAGUUCAAUUUUCGCCCGGCUACCUUCUUCUCCGAGUUCAGCAGAAAAAAAAUCAUAAAGUCAUCAUUUGAUUCGAACGAGAACCAAACUGUUUGAUUUGAACGAACUACACUUUGGUUCGAACCAGAAUUGAACCCACUAAUUGAAUUGACCGCUGUAAUAUAAACUCAUUAGACAGACUUCCCUUAUAGAAGUACCAGAGGUUUGUGUUCCAGAUAUUAUCAAGGCUUCUGCUUGAGAACGAAGUUUAGUUUGUCAAAGAAAGAGACGAUUACAAGAGUAUCAUUAGCAUAGGAGCUUCAGAAGCUUUAAUGGCGACGAGCUAUUGAUUGCAGAGAAACGUACUUAUAACAUAUUAGCCUUUUGAGUCAAAUGAAUAUUGCAAAUAAGGAAAUUGAAGCUUGCCCACCAAAUGUUCGACGAAAUGCCAAACUGGGUUCAGCUUCCAUAGCAUCAUAAUAAAAGGUUCCAACUUUUGACUUGAAAAUUUCAUUGCAUUAUGGCGGUAAUGACCCAUUCUCUCUCUUCUUUUACAUUGAUAAACAUUACCCACACUUCAAUUCUCUCUCCAAAUCAUUCAUCCUUCAAUGGUGUAACUCAAAGAUUCAAACUUUUGUCACUCUGCUCAACUACUCCAUCUUCUUCUCUCUCCUCUUCUUCCCCUGCUUCUUCACCCUCCAUUUUCCUCCCUUUCCUUGAAGAACAAGAAGGAGAAGAAGAAGUAAAAGAGGGUGAACAAAAAGAGGAGUUUUCAGAUGACCCAAUUUACAGAUUCUUCAAAUCCCGCACUUCAACCCAAGACCCACCUCGGGAAUCCAAAUUAUCCCUCCAGAGAAACCGGCGAACUGCUUGGCAUUUGUCCAAAGAUUUCGAGGAAGCCGAAACCGGUAUCGAAUUUGAGCUCAAGAGAGGAGAAAUAGUGGAUGGUAAUGAAGAGAUAUUGAAUGACAGAAUUGAAAAUGUGGGUAUUGUAGAGGAAAUUAUGGGAAUUGCAAGGAACUUGCCGGAGAAUUUGACAUUAGGAGAGGUGUUAAGGGGAUAUGAAGGAAAAGUAGGAGAGACUGAGUGUGUGGAGGUGUUGGAUUUGAUGAUUAAGGAAGGUUUGAUGGUGAAUUGCUUGUAUUUUUAUGAAUGGAUGGAAUUGCAGGAGCCUUCUGUUGUUACUCCUAGAGUUUGUUCAGUGUUGUUUCCUGCAUUGGGGAGGGUUGGUAUGGGUGAUAAGCUGAUGAUUUUGUGGAGGAAUUUGCCGAAUACUAAGGAGUUCAGGGAUGUUCAUGUUUAUAAUGCCGCGAUGUCUGGACUACUAUGCAGUGGGAGGUAUCAAGAUGCUUGGAAGGUGUAUGAGGCAAUGGAGUUGAAUAAUAUCCUACCAGAUCGUGUGACAGGUUCUACUAUGAUUACUGUCAUGAGAAAGGAAGGAAGAAGUGCCAAAGAUGCAUGGGACUUCUUUGAGAGAAUGAAUAGAAAAGGAGUCAAAUGGAGUUUGGAGGUUGUAGGAGCUCUGAUCAAAACAUUCUGUGAUGAGGGAUUGCAGAAACAAGCUCUAAUUAUUCAGGGAGAGAUGGAGAAGAAAGGGAUAUCCUCAAAUACCAUAAUAUAUAACACCCUUAUGGAUGCCUAUUGUAAAUCAAAUCACCUCGAAGAAGCUGAAGCUCUCCUUGUUGAGAUGAAGACCAAAGGCCUUUCACCUUCUUCUGCUACCUACAAUAUUUUUAUAAAUGCAUACAGCAAAAGGAUGCAACCAGAGAUUGUUGAGAAGCUUCUUCAGGAAAUGCAGAACAGUGGCCUUGAACCAAAUGUCAUAUCAUACACAAGCCUUAUAAGUGCAUAUGGAAGACAGAAAGAUAUGAGUGAUAUGGCUGCAGAUGCUUUCUUAAGGAUGAAGAAAGCUGGUAUAAAACCAACUUCUCAUUCAUAUACUGCUCUAAUUCAUGCAUAUUCAAUAAGUGGUUGGCAUGAGAAAGCAUAUAAAGCAUUUGAGAGCAUGCAGAGGGAAGGAAUUAAACCCUCUAUAGAAACAUAUACUGCUCUUCUUGAUGCAUUUAGGCGGGCUGGGGAUGCACAAACAUUGAAGGAAAUAUGGAAAUCCAUGAUUCGGGAGAAAAUUGAAGGGACUCGGGUAACCUUCAACACUCUUCUUGAUGGAUUUGCAAAGCAGGGUCACUAUGUAGAAGCAAGAGAUGUUAUCUGUGAAUUUGGGAAAAUUGGUUUCCAACCAACAGUGAUGACAUAUAAUAUGCUAAUUAACGCAUAUGCACGAGGAGGACAGGACUUAAAGUUACCACAGUUAUUGAAGGAGAUGACAGCUCUAAAUUUGAAACCUGAUUCUGUUACAUACGCUACAAUGAUAUAUGCUUUUGUUCGUGUUCGUGAUUUCAAAAGGGCUUUCUAUUACCACAAGCAAAUGGUAAAAAGUGGGCAAGUCCCAGAUGCUGAAUCCUAUCGCAAGCUCAGAGCAAUUUUGAAUGUAAAAGCGGCCUUAAAGAACAAGAAGGACAAGAGUGCCAUACUCGGUAUAGUUAAUAGCAAAAUGGGUUUGUUGAAAGCUAAAAAGAAAGGUAAGAAAGAUGAAUUCUGGAAGAACAAGAAGAAAAAUAUAAGAUUUCACAACCCUGAUCAUGUUAGGUGAUGAAGUUGCUAUCUGCUUAUGCUAAAAAAAUCCUCUUGUUCAAACCUUGGGGAUACAAAAUUCUUUUUCUUACUUGGUUCUUAGCUCUUAUAUAGAUGCUCUCUUUGUCAGCAUAUAAUGAGCAUAGCUGCCUUUCUAGUUAAUGUGUUCGACGACUUGCAUGCCCGAAAGUGUAAAUUGCUAACAGUUUACAGAAAGAUAUCAUGUCCUGGAUCGAAUCAGGUAUUCUAUGUUCAUGUAUAUUUUCCAUGUAUUUCUGUUGUAAUGUUUACUGUAUAGAAGCAUUUGGAUUUUGGAACGAUAUAAAACAACCUUGUUCACUGACAAAAA